GGGUUGACACUCGAUCAUUCUGGAAUAAUUCUGGGUUAAUUCUGGAAUGAACGGAAUGACGAUGAUGAUUCUAGCAAAAAUGAUCAAGUGCGGGUAAGAGUGUAACUGUCAUAAUAUUUAUCUUUUCAAACCAAAACAUGUUGCGGUGCUCUGCAGCAUUGGGUAGGACAACAGAACCGGCGGUUGUGCUGUACUGUUUCGGUGCGUUCGGUGCCGGCGACAUCCAGAGCAACGGCCGGAUUGGCCUUCACUGGAAUCUGACCGAGCUGCAAAAUCCAGGUGUUGGCUACAAGACGAGUAUCUUAGAUGGACCAGCUACGUACCGGCGAGGCCAACGUGCUGAUUAUUCCGGUGGAGGUUGGCUAGUGAAUCCAAGGGCAGGCUCGAAUGCGGAACUGAAUCUGUUGGGGGACUUUUUUGGGCCGUCGAUAGCGAGGGAAGCGACUGAACUGUGGUAGCGGAGAUCCCUCGGACGAGUCGGAAGAGGAGCUCGUGAGGUGGCUGAUGCCGACGGGCAGGACUUUUUCGGUGAUAUGAAGAUCAACAAGGAGGAUGAGCGGGAGAUGUUUCAAAACAAGUGCGAUAUUUUUUGUGAGAUGAGUUGAAUUAAUGGAAUAAUUAACGUUUUUGUUUUAAAUCUAGGAACGGCGUAAAGACAUGCAUGCCAGCCGAGAUCGUUAUGGACUAAAUCACCGAAAAACAAACGGGAAUUCAGACGCAGUUUUCCUACAAUGGUUCGCUCAAGAUGGAAGAUUUCGACUAAUGGAUUCUAGAAAUAUAUAAAGCUCCUGCGACGUGCUGAGGCGCUACCUAAGUGGGCGUGUUACGAAUCUUUUCAAUACGGAAUCACACAACUUAUGUGCAGCUGCCAUGUUCCAAGCGAAUUGGACAUUUUCCGGCCGCACCCAGUACAUUUCCCAACGGUUCUAAAAUUUGCCGCGCGUUUUCCACGGCCUGGCCAAGUACAACACAACUUCUCUCCGUACAAGAUUUUUAAGUGAGACUUAUUCAAACUGGCCGCCCAGUCGAAGGCCAUUAUCCUGCCGCUGCGAGAGUCUGGCGAUUGAACGAUCCGCGAGGCCAUCAUCUUAGGCAGUCACCUUCAGCUCGACGAACAUUCCGGUACUUCAGUGUUCACACCUCAGACAGUAAUUUCGUGGACCAGUUCCGCAAUUGCCUGGUCAACUUGCUGGUCGUU